GGCCGGGUUGGCGGCGGAUUCUCCUGGCUAGGAGGGAACCAGCUAUCAGUCACAAGGAGGGGGUUCGACUGGGAGGGAGGGGGACUGACAUGUCUCUCGAAGACCCUUUUUUUGUAGUCCGAGGCGAGGUGCAGAAGGCGGUGAACACCGUCCGCGGGCUGCACCAGCGCUGGUGUGAGCUCCUGCAGGAUGGCGCGGCGGUGGGACGCGAGGAGUUGGACUGGACCACCAAUGAACUGCGGAAUGGCCUGCGCAGCAUUGAGUGGGACCUCGAGGACCUGGAAGAGACCAUAGGCAUAGUGGAAGCCAAUCCAGGCAAGUUCAAGCUCCCAGCAGGGGACUUGCAGGAGAGAAAGUUGUUCGUGGAGCGCCUGAGGGAAGCUGUUCAGGAAAUGAAGGACCACAUGGUCAGCCCAGCAGCCAUAGCCUUCAUGGAGAGGAAUAACAGAGAGGAGGUGCUGAUGGCCAAGCCAGAUGCUCAGAAGUCACACAGUGACCUGCUGGAUGCCAGUGUGGUCUCAGCCACCUCACGCUACAUUGAGGAGCAGCAAGCCACCCAGCAGUUGAUCAUGGAGCAACAGGACCAACAGCUGGAAAUGGUGUCUGGGAGCAUCCGGGUUCUGAAACACAUGUCAGGCCGUGUUGGGGAGGAGCUGGAUGAACAGGGCGUCAUGCUGGAUGCCUUUGCUCAUGAGAUGGACCUCACCCAGUCCCAGAUGGACAGGGUUCUCAGGAAGAUGGCCAAAGUGUCCCACAUGACCAGUGACCGCAGACAGUGGUGUGCCAUUGUGGUGUUGCUGGGAGUGGUACUCCUGGUUCUUAUUCUGCUCUUCUCUCUCUGACCUGGGCUUUUCCUGGGGCACUGGCCCCUGGUGCCCUCAGAACCACCCAGCCCUUUUGAGCUGACCCUGCCCCCUGGGAGGAGGGUGUGGAGCCCGGGGAGCUCUCAUCUAAAGCCAGUGGGACUGUCAGGGCCACAGGCAGGCACCUUGUCACUGGUCCUGUCUCGAGUGCGCUCAGGGAGUAGUGGAGGCAGGGAUCCCUGACACACUCCACCCCACUUCUAGUGCCCAAAGCCAUUUGCCCUGUGCCUUCUACAUGUGCCAACUUGGAAAUAAAACCCUAGCUUUUCAUAAGUUUGGAUCA